AUGGUGAGAACUCCUUGUUGUGAGAAGAAGGGACCUUGGACACCGGAAGAAGAUCAUGUAUUGAUUUCUCAUAUUCAACGAAAUGGCCAUGGAAACUGGCGGGCCCUUCCAAAACAAGCUGGUUUGUUAAGGUGUGGCAAGAGUUGUAGGCUUCGUUGGAUAAAUUACCUGAGGCCAGGUAUUAAACGUGGGAAAUUCAGCAAGGAAGAAGAAGAGACCAUCCUCACACUACAUGGAAUUCUUGGAAAUAGAUGGUCUGCUAUUGCGGCAAGAUUACCAGGACGAACGGAUAACGAAAUAAAGAAUUUUUGGCACACCCAUUUGAAGAAGAGGCUUGAGAGAAGUACUGAUCAAGAGGCACAAGCAAUAACUUGUAGUUCAGGGGCUUUAAUAAAUAUGCCACGGGUAGCGGUGGAUGCAUCAGGUGCUAUUACUUCUAGUGUUACCAAUGAUAGUUCGCCCUCAAGGAGAAAUCUACCUAUUGUGGGUCUAGGAAUUUACGGUGCAGUUUCUUCUGAUAUUUCAGGAGAAACAAAUGAGAUCCAUGAACAAAUGGAAUUUUGGUAUAAUCUAUUCAUCAAAACAGGACAAUCAUCCCAAGGGCAUGAAAUUAUAUAG